CCGACCGCUCUCGGGAGAACAUAGGCGCACCGCGAACGAGCAGGGAGUCACCGAGCGCUGUUGCGAUGGCGCGAUGAAGACAGAAAGGCGCGCGGCGUUGUGGGCUCUGCUGUCCCUGUGCUGUGCCGCCCUCGCCGCGCCGCGCCGCCUCUACUGCGACCGCGCCGACGUCGCCUGGCGCGCCUACCGCGCGCCGGCCGCCUUCGAGGCGCGCGUCCAGUCGCUCGCCAAAGACGCUGCCACCGUGCAGAUCAAGCGCGUCUUCCGCCACCAGGGCCACUGGCCGCACGAGAACGCCGUCAUCCGCCUCAAACUGCCGCCCGACCACCUCGACUGCUCGGGUCGGUUCGAAGUGCCUUUGAAAAAUAGACGGAACUAUAUCGUGUUCGCCGAAAGGCGCGGCCACUCCGCCGUCGCCCUCGGCCCGCCCAUCAAGAGGACCGGCAAGUUGGUUAAGAGGAUUCGUGCUGUCUACAAGCCGGGUUACAGUAGCCCAGCACGCGUAGAACCAAUGCAGUCGGUGCGAACGACACGAGGCAACCGGGUGCGACUGGAGUGCAAGGCAAGCGCACGGCCGCCCCCUCGCAUCUCAUGGUAUAAGGACGGGAAACCCGUCGCCGAUAUCGCGCUGAGGAGAUUCCGGGUGCAAAACUUCAGGAGGCGCUCGGUACUAGUGAUAAGGCAUGCGCGCAGUGAAGACUCCGCAUCGUACGAAUGCAGGGCACAGGGCGCUGUAGGCCCACCGGCCAUCGCCAGCGCUAACGUCAGCGUUCUACCUCCAGUCACAGCCGCGCCUGAUGACGCCACGACGCUGGGCUCGCCAUGUCCGAUGCCCGACCCGUCGUCAUACUGCCUCAAUGGAGGCACUUGUUUGUUCUUCGAAAUCGUUCAGGAACAAGCUUGCAAAUGUCCGGAAGGCUUCAACGGGCAGCGUUGCGAGAACAAGGAUAUAUCGAAUAGAAGCAGUAUGUCCCAUUCCUACACAUGUAAACUGGGCCUCUCGAUCACGUACUACUGUUAGCCAGCGAAGCGCAGGCGCAUAACCCACCUCGUUCCAAUUUUAAAUUUAAAAUUUUUAGCUCGCGACUUUCCGACGCACUCGGCUGGACUGAGAAAACUUUUACGUUUUACGAGACAGAUAUCUGCAUCUAUUUGUAGAUUUACAUAAUAUUUCUUAAAAUUAUCAAUGUUAAAUACGUUUUUAUAUGUUUUAUAAUUUAUACUAAUGGCAUCGCACUUUUAUUUGGUAUGCUACAAUUUGUUUUAUGACUACAGUUUUAUAGUUUUCACAGCCCUAAAGCCCAGUGAUUCCAUCGCGAACGUUUGUAGGAAAAAAUACGAGAAUAAUGAUUGCAAUUACGAACUGUCACAAAUAUUGCGACAGUGUAUGCUGAAUACUUAGGAUUUAGUAGGCAGCCGUGCGUGGCAUUUGUAAAUAAUAAUAUUUAAACAAUCUGUUUUUAUGAACCUCGAGUCUGAAAAUUGAUUUGAAAUACUAACUUAUUCAUUUAUAUUUGUUAAUACCUAUAUCUAUCACUCUUAUGUACUUUAUUUGAAAUCAGUAUCAAUAUAACUGCACGGAGCUUUAAAUUAUCUACUAGUAUACAGUACAGCCCGAUGAGAUUUUACACAUUUAAGUACAUAUUUCCAUUUAAUAGUAUGUACCGACAAUUAUUUAUAUUAACUACUUGUAUUAUUCAUAAUUGAACUGAUUUUUCGUAACAUUUCACAAGUUUCGUCUAUUUUUCUUUCGUGAUAGCAGAAAGUCUAUUGUAAGACUUGAAGAUUGUAUGUACUAUUGCAAAAAGUGCUACUUAACGUUUACUAGAAGCGAUGACUUUUGCAAUCCAUUAUUUCUUCUGUUAUUGAAGAUGUAAAUAUUUUAAACAUUAUUUGUAAUAUUUGCAAUUUAUUAUUGUUAUUAUUAACUGUAAGGUUUGAUAACUAGUAGUAUGUAAUAUUAUGAUAAAGAGACUUGCAACUUUUGUACAUAUCUAUUAGGGUAAGGGUUUUUUACAAAAAUACAAUUCUGGUUAAUAGCAUUGCGUACUUGUUAUGCGUUCGACUCUCUAAUUUAUGCGUAGGCACUCGUUUAUUAAUAGCUUAAUAUUCAAUAACAAAGGUAAAUAAUAAAAAUGAACAAUUUUACAGUUAUUACUCACUUACUUUAGGUACUUUAACAUUUGAAGCAAGUUUUCAUAUAAUAGUUCUAUAGAAGGACUAAUAUGGCAUAACAAGUACGGUCAAAAUCGUAGUCAAAAAGGCAAUUUCCAUAUUUUCACCGGUCCGUUACAUCACCUAGUCAGAUACCAGUUUUAACUAUAGCUAGGUAGUAAUAAAUAAAUUAAUUUAUAUAUAAUUUUACGAGUGUGUCUAAUUGGACGUAUGGUUGUGGAUAUAGCGAUAACAUUUUUUUUUUUAUUUCUCUGUUUUUUUUUCUAACUCGCUAUAUGGGACCGAAACUUGCACAAUAGUUUUCCAUUUUUAAUUGUUUUCGUUUUUCUUUUCAUUUUGUAUAAAGUUCUUAAUGAUCUAAGUUCACUAUUUAUAUUAUGUAAUUAAAGUAGAAAACCGACUAUUUAUUUUUAAUAAAAUUUUGAGGAUUUUUAGGGCAUUUAUACGUCUGAAAUGAUAUGGCGUCGUUCGAGAAAAUUCUGAACUCGUCGGUAAAUUUAAAUUUCCACAUUCACUUUGGUAACGCCGAGUACUUAAAGCUUUUCAUUUCAUUAAUGGUCUUAGAUACUAGAAAAUACGUCAGUAUUUCCUUUGAAUGACGUCAUUACAUUUUAACAUAAGUUUUUUGUAUUCUCACAACAAAUAUUAAGGCGCGAACAACAUGUAAUGUAAUGGAUAUACCAAAACCACAAUAAAAGAAUGAGUGUUGGAAUUAACAGAAAGGCGACAA